UAAUGUCAAUUUUCUCGCCAUUGUGUCUUACGUGAAGAUGAAGAGCAGCGGGCAGGCGCCGUCUUCGAGUAUGAUUGUACAGCUCGUCGUGUUCUUUUGUUACCUGAUAUUUGGUGCACUUGUUUUUCAAGCUUUGGAGAUCGAGAACGAGACGAGGGAAAGACAGCUCCUGCUCAAUUCCCGAGAUGAUUUGCAGCGGAGGUAUAACGUGAGCAACGAGGAUCUGAGACGAUUCGUUCAGCUUGUACAAGCGAUAGCUGACCAGGGAUUCUCCGAUGAAUGGGUAAACAGAUGGAACUUUAUCGGUGCGUUGUUCUUCUCUGGAACUGUCGUUACAACUAUCGGUUAUGGUCAUCUGGCUCCGACGACAAAUGGUGGACGUGUAUUUUGCAUAUUUUACGCCUUAAUCGGCAUACCGCUGACGUGGAUGUUGCUGGCUCGUCUCGGAUACAUGAUAUCGUCCGGGGUGUCCUCGGCAAUCUCGUUGUUUGAGAGGCAGUUCCUACUACGUGAACCGAGCAAAGUGGAUCUUAAGUCAGCAAUGGUUACAAGUCUUAUGGCUUUAGCUAUGAUUCUUUUUAUCGCAAUAGUUGCCCACUAUACCGAAAAAUGGUCGUUUUUUGAUGGGAUAUAUUUUGGUUUUGUUACAUUAAGUACUAUCGGAUUCGGAGACCUGGUACCGCUUCACCCCUGUCCGGGAGAGGACACGGCCGGGUAUGCUGUACACGUGAUUGUCUUUACUAUGCUGACGCUAUUGUACUUCACCAUAGGACUUGCUGUUGUGUCUAGCAUGAUGUUAUCGAUAAGGACUGCGAUGGAAGAUCCGACAUUAUUCGGCUUUCAUCCAGUGAGCUCAAACGAAAUAGGAAUCAUUAAGGACUUGGAGUGAAUCACUAUUUCAAAUACAAACUCAUCGUCAUCAUUCGUUACUCUUUCGUCAUCUGCCGUUUUUUUGUCUCGUUCGUAUGCUUUGAACUUUUCACUUCAGAGUAGAAUCUUUUACCAACCCAUUGCUGUCUGUUUCAUGAAAGACUUGAUGAUGGAACAGGGAAGAACGAACGGAUGAUAUGACGAAUCCGCUCAAGAUUUUUAAUAAAUGAAGAAUGAAGAAUUGUGGACACGCUCUCCGGCGUUUUGUUAUAUUUUUCCUUCUGAGUUGAGGAAAAUCAUCAUAUAAUAUAAUAAUUCUCUCGUUCAAACAAAAAUACAUUUUAAGAGAAUAA